AUGGCUGUCCAGCAGCAUGUGCUGAAUUGGCUCUACAGCGUUCUGACGAGCGAAUACCAAGACGUCAAUCGGACAUACAAUGACGUGUCGCAGGCGCUCUCCUACUUCCCCUCGCUGUCGCCGCGGACCGACGUUCACACCUUCCCCAAUGGCGCAUCUGCUCUCCUUCUUCACCUGUCCGGCACAAUACCGGCUGUCUUCCGCGGCGCCACCUACCGCUACCCCAUCUCGCUCUGGGUGCCGCACAACUACCCGCGCGAGGCGCCGCUCGUCUACGUCACACCGACCGAGAAUAUGAUGGUCCGCCCUGGCCAGCACGUCGAUCCCCAGGGGCAGGUAUAUCAUCCGUAUCUUGCCGGCUGGGCCGAGUUUUGGGAUAAGUCGACGAUAUGUGACUUUCUGACCAUAUUGCGCGAUGUCUUCGCAAAAGAACCGCCCGUCAUUGCACGCCAGGCCCCGAGAGCAGCGCCAUUACAAGCACCAGCUGCAUCACCAACACCUCCGCCCGUCCCUCCACCGCCACAAGAGCUGGCCUCGCCGCCACACCCACCCCCGCUGUCACCAAAGGCAACCGCUUCACGACAACAGCAGCAGCAACAGCAGCACCAGCAGCAACAGCAGCACCAGCAGCAACAGCAGCACCAGCAGCAACAACAGGACCCACCACCGCCACCACCACCACCAAAGGCAAACGGACAGCCACAGCACAGCGCCGUCGCGCUGGCACAUCACACCCCAUCGCCGCCACCCGUCCCGCCGCAUCCCUCGUAUACCAACGGCAACAAUGCCUACCCAGCAUCGCAAGCGACACCGAGCCCCCCUCCACCACCUCCUCAUCCGUCAUCCGCAGGAGCUGGCGGCGUCCGAAGCUCGUGGUAUGGCGCAAGUCCCCCACCGCCGCAAGCCGUCGAAGCAGGACCGUCUGCACGGAGUGCUAGCGGAGGGCCACCGGUCCCAGGCCGCCCUGACCGACCCGACCGACCUGCAUACCAGCAAUCCCCUCUCGGCCAGCCACCCAUGAGCCCGAGCCAGCAGCACCAGCAACUGCCAUAUACCUCCUCCUAUGGACAGCCGCAGCCUCUACAACCAUCCAAGUCGUCUCCGCCACCGCUCUCCGUGCCUUACGGCCAUCAGUCCUCAAAUGCCUACUACCAGUACCAACAACAGCAGCAGCCUCCGCCGGCCCAGCAGGCAUAUUCUCAACAGCCGCAACAAGUCCCGCCACCAUGGCAGCAGCAGCAGCAGCAGCAACAACAGUUCCAGCAGUAUAACCCCCAGCAACAGCAACAGCAGUAUCCACCACAGCAGCAGUUCCUUCAGCAAGUUCAGUCACGGCCGCGGCAACCCCCUCCGCCCGAUCUUAUGGACGAACCCGCGACCAACGACGACCCUAACGGCCCCGCCGACGGUGCCCACCUCGGCGACAGCCAGUCCGGCCGCGCACAAGCUGGAUCCGUGCAGCCGCCGCCCGUGCCGCGCAACCCGGAAAAGGACGCCCUCCUCCACCAACUCGCACAGACCCUCGCGGCCCAACGCCAGCAGAUUCGUGACAAGAACGACCUGUCCCUGGCCGGUCUGCGUGCGCAGCGGGCGGCCAUGCUGACGGCGGCCCAGCGCCUGCAGCAGGACAUGUCGGACGUGGCGCAGCUGUCGGCGCUGCUGACGAGCAACACGGACAUUCUGCACGAGACGUUGGCCGCGGCCGACGGGCUGGUGGCGAGCAGCCAGCAGACCCAGGCGCCGGCCGUGGACGACCUGCUGGUGGGCCCCACGGUGGUGGCGAACCAGCUGUACGACCUGGUGGCCGAGGAGCGCGCGCUGGCCGACGCGGUGUUUAUGCUGGGCCGUGCCGUCGAGCGCGGGCGCGUCAGCCCGGCCGUUUUCGCCAAGAUGACGCGGUCGCUCGCCCGCGAGUGGUACCUGAAGAAGGCCCUUGUGCGCAAGGUCGGCCGAGGCAUGGGCCUCGCAUCGGCAUAG